AUGGAAAACGAGAAGGGAGAGAUCGUCGAUCUCUACGUCCCCCGCAAGUGCAGCGCCACCAACCGCAUCAUCAAAGCCAAGGACCACGCCAGCGUACAGAUUAGCGUCGGCAAGGUUGACGAGAACGGCCGCUACACCGGUGAGAACCAGGUCUACGCACUCUGUGGAUUCGUCCGGUCGCGGGCCGAGAGCGACGACAGCUUGAACCGCCUGGCGCAGAGAGAUGGUUUCUUGAAGAGUGUCUGGAGCGGUCAGGCUUCGAGAUAA